AUGAAGUUCAUGAAGCUGGGCUCGAAGCCGGAUCUGUUCCAAGCGGAGGGUGACAACGCCAGGUGGGACCUCCUCGCUUGAAUCUCUGAUUCGUGUUUCUGAUCAUCCGAGAGAUGUGCUGGGAGCACUCUGUCGCUGGUCUCUUUCGCUACAGAACUGGGGAUUUCUCCGGUUCUUUCUCAUUAGAAUCGGCUUCUCUUUGUUCUAGUUCACACGAUCUGAAUCAUCUCUUCUUCCCCGUUCCGGGGAAGACGAGAAUUCAUGCAUUUAGUGGGCGAGCCCAGCCGAUUCAGAGAAUCUGCUCUAGGAAAAGGGUAGGCGUCGGAGUGAACGAUGCUCUACUCUUUCAUUAAAUUAGCCUUCCGUUUGUUUUUAUUUAUUCGAGCCGGAUCGAUCUAUUUCUUUAAUCCGGGCACCAUUCUGAUCUCUGGUUCACAUCCGCGGACGAAGAACCAUGUGAAGCUGCCGCGGGUUGCUUUCUGUGCCCGACAAGGACCCUGCUCUUGUCGCGCAGCAGGAGCUGAGCCCUGCUGGGGCCAACGCCGGUUCUUCCGCUGUCGCCCAGCGGCAUUUGGCCCCAUGUGACAAAUUUUUGCUCCUCAUCGGCCAUUUUCUCAUUCAAAGAUGAGUUUUUGAUCUGGAAAAUGAGAAGGGUGUGCCGAGAUUACGAGAACAUAUAUCACUCUCCCUUUAGGGUUACUAUGAUUUUAUCAUCCUCCAUGCCCGUGAGUCUGGAUCGAAGGCUGACAGAUGUCUGGUUGAAGAAACUCUGGCCUCACGCUGAUCAUAACUCUUUCUUGACGAUGCAGAUAUGUGGUAUCUGAGCUGCCGGCGGACAUUGUUGUGAACGUUGGGGAGGUCAGAUUUUUUCUGCACAAGGUAUGGAUCUUGUAUCAGGUUUCGAUUUAUUUCUGUACUGUAGAUGGGAUCAUAGAAUACUAUUUUUCUCGACUAGGAAUUACUUUUUUUAAAAUUUAUUUUUGGUUUAUCCUUCAUUUAUUCAGCUAUCUUUAUGCUGUAAGUGAUGGUUAGAACACUAUUUCUAUAUGGGUCGAAUAAUCCCAAACUCUGAAUAAUUAAUAAAAGAUCCCUGUGGGUAUGUGGAUGGGAACCAGGGAGUCCCACAUUAGAAAUAAUAAUAAUACAAUGACCUACUUUGAAUUUUUUAAGAUUUGGUCUGAGUCAGAUGGCUUGAUAUUUUAAUUUAACCAUGCGUUUUGACUAAUUUUUUCAUUGACACAGAAGAUCGUCCCCUCUAUUCCUGCCAUCUUUUGUGGGGUUCUUCUUGUCUGGGUGUUAUCAGACAAGAAUUAUUGAAUUUAGCUCCCCAUCUCAUUCCACAGUAAUAAUAAUAAUAAUAAUAAUAAUAAUAAUAAUAAUAAUAAUAAUAAUAAUAAUAAUAAUAAUAAUAAUAAUAAUAAUAAUACUAGUACUAAAGGCCAUGAUAAUCGGAUAAAGAAAUAAAUAAAUGGCAGCGUUGUUAUCUCAGAUCGUCUCUCACAAGAUUUAGUUAUUUAUUUAUUUAUUUAUUUAUUUGUUCUGGUAAUGCAGUUUCCGCUUCUAUCAAAGAGCAUUCACCUGCAGAAUUUGGUCAUUAAAUCAUGCGGCGAAGGCACCGACGAGGUCCAUCUGCCAGAUUUCCCAGGCGGCCCAAAGGCCUUUGAGAUAUGCGCCAAAUUCUGCUACGGCAUGAUCGUGGUUCUCAAUGCCCACAACAUCGUCGCGGCCAGAUGUGCAGCAGAGUACCUCGAGAUGACUGAGGACAUCGAUCGUGGGAACCUGAUCUUCAAGAUCGAGGUCUUCCUGAACCACAGUGUAUUCCGCAGCUGGAAAGAUUCCAUAAUUGUCCUCAGGACGACGAAAUAUCUUCUACCCUGGUCAGAGGAUCUGAAGAUCAUCGGCAGGUGCGUUGACUCCAUCACAUCGAAGACCUCAGUUGACCCAUCCGCGGUCAAUUGGUCAUACACUCUGAGGAGGAGACCGGCCACAUCGGAUGAGAUAAUCGAGCAGGAGUUGGGGGCCGCUGCUGUGCCGCGAGACUGGUGGGUUGAGGACAUCUGUGACUUGGAUAUCGACCAUUACAGGAAGGUGAUGAUCGGUGUGAAGGCCAAGGGGAGAAUGUCGGCUGAUCUCAUAGGAGAGGCCCUGAAGGCGUAUGCGAUCAGAUGGUUACCGAGCUCCCUCGAUGAUCUGAUCUCCGAGGAGUACAUCCGCUGGAACAGGUCUCUGGUGGAGACCAUCAUCUGGUUGAUGCCGUCCGAAAAGGGUUCGGGCUGUUCUUCCAGUUUCUUGCUGAAGCUGCUGAAAGUUGCAGUCUUGAUCGGAGCUGAAGAGUCAGCGAGGGAGGAGCUGUUGAAGAGGAUAAGCCUGCAGCUGGGCACGGCCUCUGUCAAGGACCUUCUGAUCCCCGCCAGGCCGCCCUGUGACACCGUUUAUGACGUGAAUCUUGUUCAGACCCUUGUGGACAGAUUCAUGGCGCAGUAUGGGGACAGCAACGAUUCAGAUAUUGCUGACGAAUUCAUCUUGGGGGGUCUCGGGGGAUUAAUUGAUGCCUACCUUGCUGUAAUUGCUACGGACCCCAAUCUUCCUCUGUCGAGCUUUAUUGAUCUCGCGGCGUCAAUUCCCACGGCAGGGCGGUCCCUCCAUGAUGGGCUAUACGCGGCGAUCGAUAUCUAUUUAAAGGUACGGUUUUUACUAUCACCACCACCUUUCUGCACAAGGUCUCUGCAAUGGAGAUUUCCAGAAUUGGAUAAACUUUUUUAGCAUAAAUGGAGUUUAUUUAUUAUUUGGCGCGAUCAUCAGGAGCAUCCGAGCUUGACGAAGGCGGACAAGAAGAGGCUGUGUGGGCUCAUGGACCCGAAGAAGCUGUCGGCUAAUGCGUCGGCACAUGCAGCGCAGAAUGAGUCGCUGCCACUCCGUGUGGUCGUCCAGGUCCUCUUUUUUGAGCAGGUGAGGGCGGCGGCUGCUCCACCCAGCCGCGGCGCCGCCCGGCCUGCUGUGAACCCGGGGAAUUGGGAGGAGGGAGAUCUGGCGGCGGAGUAUGCUCCAACCAAGGCACAGCAGCCGGGGAGUCUUCAGGUGACUGAGAAUGGCGGGCUGGCGGUGGAGGAGAAGAUUACCAGCAAGAGCAGCAAGAACAGAGGCGACGGCGGCGGCGGCGGAGGCUUCUUGCAGCCAUCGAGGUCAAGGAGAAUCUUUGACAUGUUGUGGGUUGGGAAGGUGAAGGUGGAGAACAACAAAGGGUCUGAGACCUCCGGGAGCUCGCAGAGCCCACCGCCGUCGGAGAAUCCCAGGGAGACCAAGUCCUCUGGUUCUUCCUCGAGGCAAGGGAGGCACUCUGUUUCAUAG